AUAUUUAAACUUGUACAAUAUGCAUGUAUUGCUUUAAAUAAUGAGAUCAAAGAAAUUCAUCCAAUGAGAUAAAGCUCGUUUAAAUUACUGUCAAACUCCUAUAAUAAAUCACUGGCAAUUCCCGCACACAGCAAACAGACGUCCUCCGUCUGCGUCCGUUGUCCCCGUCCUCUUUUAUCUACACCCCCAGAAAAUUUAAUAUUGAUAGCGAUGAUGUCAGCAUGUCAUACCCACUUUCGCUUAGCAAAGUUAACUUUGUCUUCCGUGUCGAUAUGCUACAUCAGUGGACAAAUAUUUUGUGAUUAUAACGGCAAUAUACGUCUAUAAAGACUUUACUUUUUAAAGAACGUUGAACGAACAGAGCUUAAGGACACAUGAUUGUUGAUCUUUUGUCAGUCCAGCAGAUUUUGAAAUGAUGACUGCUUCAGAGAGCUCAGAAGACAAAGCAAAUGCGUUUAAGUUGAUGAGAUUAAUUGUUGAUCUUGGUGGUGAGGCUUUGCGAAUCACAUUGAAAAAACAACUGUCAGAAAACAAGCAACAAGAAGUAUUAGUGAAUUUUAAGCAUCAAAAUAUGCACAUACUUGCAUGCAGCUCAAAAAAUCAUGUGUUUGCUAAAGUCAAGUUUGAGGAUGAAACAUCUUACUAUAUGUGGCAUGAGGACAAACCAGUAAAUGGUUGGAAUGACGUACUUCAGAAAGAAAUCAUUGGAGGUAGAGAAGCACUAGAUGGUUUAGAAUAUAUAGAUGAAGAGUUUAGAAAUAAGAUUGAGCGGCUAGGUAACAGUAUUGAUCACGCUGAUUUUUCACCAUCAGCGAAUAAAUUAUUAAUUGGUGACAGCCAUAUCUAUGUAAAGGUAUUUGACGUUAAAAACAUACAAGUUAUUUACAGUUUAACCAUGUUUUUAGCCAAGUCUGUCUUUCUGAAUGAUAGAUUUAUAAUUAGUGAUAAGUUUAUGUUGAUUGACUUGAAGUGUUUUAAAAACGUACAAUUAGGUUUUCCGCUUUUGCGCGUAAAUCGUAGCAGCUUUUAUUUCUGCUGUAAACGCAAACUUGUCUUUACUUUGUUUACUGACUUAGACGUUUUGAUAAAUUGCGCGAAAAUCGUCUUGCCACGAGAAUGAAUUUAGUCUUUGAUGAUAAAAUUGCUCUUUCUUGGAUCAUAACGAAUCUCAACCACAUUUCUUAAACAGCAUCACAUUUUCAGCAUCACAAGUUCCUUAUUCUUAAAAAUUGUCAUUAACAUGUACAAUUUAUAACAUUAAAAUGUAAGUCGGAAUUUCAAAACAUGUGUGAAAGACAAAAAUAUUCAGUAGCAACAAUAAGGGCGAUUACGGUUGAAAACUAAGCAUAUUUAAUUAAGUAGUUGCGAAAAGUAUUAAUUA